UUAUAGAAAAGAGAGAAAUGGAGGAUGAAACCAGCCACGAAAAUGUGACACAAGGGCAUAACAAAGGAAGCCCCGAUAGCCCGUGUGCAAAAACCGGUGGCACCGGCAAUAAUAAAGAACAAGAUCGUUUCCUCCCGAUAGCAAACGUGGGCAGGAUUAUGAAGAAAGUGAUUCCGAGCAACGGGAAGAUAUCCAAAGAUUCGAAAGAAACCGUUCAAGAAUGUGUGUCGGAGUUCAUCAGCUUCGUCACGGGAGAGGCCUCGGACAAAUGCCAAAGGGAAAAGAGAAAGACCAUUAAUGGAGACGAUAUCAUUUGGGCCAUCACUACCUUAGGAUUCGAGGAAUAUGUAGGACCCUUAAAAUUGUACCUAAGCAAAUAUAGAGAGAUUGAAGGAGAGAAGCUUAACAUUCCAAAGCAGCAAAGAUCUGAGCAAAAGCAGCAACAUCAACUUCAACAACAAUCGAAACAUGAACAAAAUAUACCUAAUUUCAAUAGCAGUGUAUAUUCUUCAACAAGUUUAUUGUCUCGUCAUAGUUCCUUUGUGCCUUCGGAUCAACCAUUUUCGUUGCCUUUCUCACCAAAUAACAUCCAAAAGCAAUUACAGCAGCAGCAAGACCAGAUUGAUUCAGUUGGGUACUGGUAA